AUGCAACGCCCGCACUUUUUCCGGCGCAGGCUACGCGUCUCCAAACUGACAACAACUCUCAUUUUCUGCGUUCUGUUCUUAAUAUUUUUGCUACUCUGGUCUGAGUCUGAAAAUGGCCGGAGCAACAAACACAGCGUGACUGAAUUGCGAUCAUUUGCUGACCAAAUGAACUCGGCACGUCUGAACAAUGCUUUUCAAUACUUCCGAUCCUUAAACGCGAGUCGCUCACAGAGAUUUUACGAGGAAAAUCUCGCAAAGUAUGAUCUGGACCUGGUUAUCAGCAUUCCCACAGUGCGUCGACCCACCCGACCGGGUCUCGUCGAAAUGGGUUAUUUGAUCCAAACGGCAGCGAUGUUCGAUCGACUUCUAAAAACGGAUGAGAAGUUUGGAGGGAAAAUGAUGUUUAUUUGUAAUACGGACAACAUGCCGAAGGAACAUUCAGAGGCGACACUCUUGCAGGAUUAUCUACCUUCCAUACAGCUUUAUGGCAAUUCAACCUCGAAAGCUGUUCCUCUUGUGUCAAACAUCUUCCAUUAUCACAAGAAUUAUGGAAAUAAGUACAGUAAAGAGACAUUCGAUUACAUGUUUUGUUUGCAAACAGCGCUACUUUAUAAAUCCAAAUAUAUUUUGAUGGCUGAAGACGAUGCACUUCCCAGAAAAGAACUUUUGCCAGUAUUAUACCAACUUUUAUGGCGACAGCAUGAGCUUGUAUCAACCGGCAAAGCAAUAAAAAGAAAACCUUUCUUUCUCAUAAAGCUAUACUACCCGGAACGGUGGUUGGGUUACGCAUACGAAUUCCCUCGAAUAAUUGAACUUUUAGGGAUCGGUGCUUUUGGUUGGGGUCUCUUUGCCCUUCUUUUUUCGUUUUUAUGGAAGAGGACAUACUGUGAGACGCUAACUGUUGCGACCCUCGGCGGGGCAUGCAUUGUGCUUCUAGCUCUGCUUAUGGGUCGGCAAAAAGUCAUGGAACUUCGCCGUCUUUCCAGCCACUUGUAUUUCGUCCGACCCGCUCCAGACUGCUGUACGCCAGCGGUUCUCUACCGAGCGGAAAACGUUAGCAAGUUUCUUCGUUAUUUGUCGCAAGGUACAUAUGAUUCGACUAGACCUCUCGAUAUCGCAAUGGCCGAAUACUUUCGUGCUGUGAGUGAAAGUUCACUUUAUGUGGAACCCAAUCUUUUUCGACAUAUUGGGAUGUAUAGUUCUUUGGGCAAGAGCCCCAAAUCACCAGAAUACUUUUUGUUUCAAUGA